GCAUGGCUGGAGAGCAGGCUGUGGGCUGGAGUGAUACAGUGUGAUUCUGCAGAUGUAGUUACAGAGUCUUUAGCUCGCUGGCUGGAUCCACUCAAAACCCAAAAUAAGAGAGAAGAAGAAACUUACCACUCUUCUCUUUUACCAGCAGGAAGGAAAGGGGUUAUUUCGUCGCUGCUUUGAGACAUAUCCGAAGAAAUGACGCCAACAUUUCGUGAGCCGUGGACGUUAUCUUUCUCUGCGUUUCGCUAUAAGCAGAAAAAUGGAGACGAAGCGCUGGAUUUGAAGCUGCUCAAACCCUCGUUCAUGUGAAGGCGAUUCCUGGAGCUUACCGUGGUGCUGUCUGCUCUUCAUACCCGCGGGUGAGCUCUCAGCUCGGUGUCUGAGCUGAAGACAAGCAGCAGCCUUUUCUCUCAGCGGAAUUGUCUUUUUAAAACUUCACCAGUCCUCUCAGCCAUGCGGUAGGAGACCACCAAAGUUUUGCUUUAAAAGUGCUAGGUUAACAUUUUAUCUCAGACAUAGUUUUAAACCUAACGUUUUUUAAAAGUAGAAGUACAAAAUGUACUAUACUGUAUUUUUAUAACUAGGGUGUCAACCAAAGUCUGUUUAGAAAUCUACCUUUAUUUAGGAGAUAUAUGUGAUACAUUCUAUAUAUUCUUUUAAAACUAGUUUUUAAACUAUAGUUAACUAGGUAGGUUAUGUAGGAUAACUUAUCUUUCCAGUGGGAAAGUGAAUGUAUUGUAGCUUACCUUUAAAUCUCUUUUCAACCACUCAACUGGUCCUCAAAGACCCUUGUUGGAAAGUUUAUUUGACAUUUUUUCAUUGUAUGUGUUCUUUGAAAGACAGCAUAUUUAGCCGUUACCUGUACAAUACCCUUAAUUCUGACACUUGUAUUGUAUUUGUACUUCAUCCUUCUUCUUCUUAAUCUAAAAUUUGCCAAACAAUCUUUAGCCUGUCUCUUAAUCGUAUGGCUCUUAAGUAUUAUUAUUAUUUGACCUAAACCACAGGCCUUUCCUGAAACAUCAGCAGAUCUCAUUUGCUCAUGUUUUUCACCACAGAAAUGAUUCAAAGAGCUACCUAACCCUAAAACCACUUGUCAGGCUGGUGUUGAUUCUACAUUUCAAAGCCUUAACAAACUAUAUACUGUGAUGAUUUCUUAAAGUUAAAAAGACCUUUAAUCUAAAUGUCAGACAUCAUUCAAGGUCAUCAUACAUAACCUGACAGACUAAGUUUAAACUGCACUGACUGCAGUGGAAAAGAACAAUGAAAGCCAAUAAAACCCCGCAUUUUUUGAAGUCAUCAAACCAAAAGUCAUUACCUCUUAACUACACAUCAUGAUGCCCAAUGUCUGAAAAAAAUGGCUUAUUUCAAAUGAGUCAAGGCAAGAGUCAGCUACAGUUGAGUGGACAUACUGGACAAGACAGCCGUUGAUCACUGGAAAGCAUGUCUUUUGGUGAGAUGAUUGAGCUUAAAGAGCUCACCAUGCUGGAGGGCCGCAUUGAACUUACUGCUUCUGCACCAUCUCGGACUACUCGUUUGGAGAGGGUCAAUGCAUUGAGGAUAAGCCCAGGGAAAGUUCCUGAGCUGAUAAACCGGGUCAGGAUCAUCAGACUACUGGGGGACUCUAUGGAUGACCCAAGACUUGUGGAUGAUACAGGAGAAGGCCAUAACUUUCAGCCCUGCAGCCAUACUCAACCCACGUGGUGUGACCUGUGUGGAGACUUCAUCUGGGGGUUGUACAGACAAAGCCUUCGCUGUACAAACUGUAGGUUUACCUGCCAUUACCGCUGUAGAGCUCUCAUUAAACUGGACUGCAACCAAGAUCGAGCUUCGCCUACUGAUCAGACUGGUGACAUCCAGGGCAACAUUGAAACAGACACCAAUGUGGAUGAAGUGACUGAAUGUAAGAAACAGGAGUUGUCACUUUCAGAGAUUCAACAGAAAAUAAAGGAGUAUAAUGCCCAGAUCAACAGCAACCUCUUUAUGUCUAUGAAUAAAAAUGGCACCUACAAUGGUUUCAUCAAAGUUCAUUUGAAGUUGGUUCGGCCAGUGUCUGUCCCACCUCCCCGUAAAGGUGCUGCAUCCCAGGGUCCGGCCAAUGGGAAGAAGGGGGCGUCGGUAAAGAGACGGACGUCCUUUUAUCUUCCCAAAGAUACAGCCAAGCAUUUGCACAUCAGCUCUAAAACCUGUGCCAAGGAGGUGAUCCAAGCCCUUCUCAAAAAGUUCACAGUCAUCGACAAUCCUGCCAAGUUUGCACUGUUUGAGCGCACUGAACGUCAUGAGCAAGUGUACCUGCGGAAGCUGUCUGAUGACGAAUGUCCCCUGUACUUGCGCCUGUGUUCUGGUCCCAACGAGAAGGCUCUGAGUCUGGUCCUGAAAGAGAACGAGACUGGAGAGGUCAAUUGGGAUGCGUUCUCUAUGCCAGAGCUUCAAAAUUUCCUGCGCAUUCUGCAGCGAGAGGAAGAGGAGCACGUGAAGCAGAUUGUGCGGCGCUACACCCUCGCCCGCGAACGCAUCCAGCAGUCCCUGGUCGGCUCCAACCCUGGCUGAAGUCUCGCCUGAUCCUGCAAUACUGACGAGUGGCAACUAGGGGGCAUCAGCCCCUGCUGCGUCCAAAGAUCUGUAAAGAUUCUGGCAUCAGUGUGAUGACAGGGAGUGAGUGAGCGAACGAGUGUGUAAGCACGAGGCUGCCGCCAGAUGUGCGUACAUGAGGAGAGAAUGAGCUGUGGCUGAGAGCGAGUGAACUGGGAAAUGGAAGAGUGAAAAUAGACUUGUGAAUGUGUGACUGAAAGAGUGAGAGAGAGAGUCCUUCAGAAAGACUGUUCUGUUUGUGUGUUGAGUGCACAGGGCUCUGUUACUGUUUUUGUUGGGUUCCAUUCAGAGUUUUGGUUAUUCUUAUUUUCAGGGUUUGUUUCUGAAAUAUUAAACUAAAGUAGAAUUUUUAGUUUAUGGUUCAGGUUUUGUAUCAUUUCUAUAUGAGCGUCUUUUCACAUAGACAUCUUGCCGUACUGUAAGUCUUUAUACUUUUCUUUUGUAUGUCUUCUAUAAAUGUCCUUUUCUCUGUCUAAAGCAAUCAUGUUUCUCACAUUUCCUCCUAUGCACAUUCAUGCCAAAGUCUCUGGGUGGGGGAAAGGGUUUGCACAAUAAAUUCUUUGUUUUCCUUUCUACAUAA